UUGUUUUCAGAUCUCCAUGACAGGUUUUGAGAAGCUUGCUGACAAGAAUCUAAGAGACAUUUCACUUUCGUUUUGUAGGACUUUUGUAAAAGGUCGUAUGAAAGCACUGUGGAUUAAACGCAAAAUAAACAAACAAUGUGCAAUGACAUCGUUUUAAACAUGUGCGCUUCUUUUCAUACGCGUUGACAAGAGGUAGGUAUCAAAACGGCAUAUACAGUAAUAGCAAGCGCGUUAGGUUUGACAAGUCCACAGGGAAACAACAUAUGCACUCUGUCUAUGUAAGAUUUUGAUUUUAAUUUGAUUUUGGAAUGUUUCAUGCUUUCUUUUUCAAGCACUAUCUAUAAAUAAACAAAGACACAGAUGAGUAGAGGUCAAAGCAGAGAUCUGCACGUCCUCCUUUUGUGUCUUCUUCUUCCUCCUCCUCUCUAUUGCUUCUCUUUCUCUUGUUUAAAAAAGAUCAAAAAUCUGUAGACUAAGGAUGGAGAACAAACCAAGCAUGCUAACCGAUAGAUACGAGGUUGGGAGAUUACUAGGCCAAGGCAACUUCGCCAAGGUCUUCUACGGAAGAAGCGUCCACACAAACGAGAGUGUAGCUAUCAAGAUGAUCGACAAGGACAAACUCAAGAAGGUCGGACACAGCGAGCAGAUCAAGAGAGAGAUCUCCGUGAUGAGCCUCGCCAAACACCCAAACAUCGUGAAUCUGCACGAGGUCAUGGCGACCAAAACAAAGAUCUACCUCGUCCUAGAGUACUGCAAAGGCGGAGAGCUUUUCAAGAAGAUGGUCAAAGGCAAACUCGCCGAGAACGUCGCUUGGAAGUACUUUCACCAGCUCAUCGACGCGGUUGACUUUUGCCACAGCCGCGGAGUGUAUCACCGCGACAUCAAGCCGGAGAAUCUCUUGCUUGACGAGCACGAUAACCUCAAGGUUUCUGAUUUCGGUUUAAGCGCGCUUGCCGAAAGCAAGCGCGCUGACGGUUUGCUUCACACGGCGUGCGGCUCGCACGCCUACGCUUGUCCUGAGAUUGUUAACCGUAAAGGGUACGAUGGGACUAAAGCGGAUGUAUGGUCUUGUGGGGUUGUUUUGUUUGUGCUUUUGACUGGCUAUCUCCCUUUCUACGCGUCCAACCUGAUGGAUAUGUAUAGGAAGAUCGGUAAAGCGCAGUUCAAGUGUCCUCGUGAGUUCCCUCCUGAAGCGAAGAGGCUGUUAUCUAAGAUGCUGGAUCCUAACCCUGAGAGUAGGAUCACCAUCUCAAAGAUCAAGGAGAGUUCAUGGUUCAAGAAAGGUUUACCAAUGAAGCAGAAAAGGAUUGAGAAGGAAGCUGUAGGAGGCUCAGGUUCAGGUUCAGGUCCAAGCGAGCCGCCGCCACAGGUUUCAAGCAUGAAUGCUUUUGAUAUCAUUGCAUUGUCUUCGGGGCUUGCACUGGGAGGACUAUUUGGAGAAGUGUACAGCAAGAAAGAGUCUAAGUUCACAUCUAGAAAGCCUGCUUCGGAGAUCAUUUGUAAGCUGGAGGAGGUGGCUAAAGGGCUGAAGAUGAAGAUAAGGAAGCAAGAAGCGGGGCUGUUCAAGAUGGAAGGAGGGAAGGAAGGAAGGAAAGGGAGGUUGUUGAUAGAUGCGGAGAUAUUUGAAGUGACGGAGACGUUUCACUUGGUUGAAGUGAAGAAAUGUAGUGGGGAUACAAUGGAGUAUCAGAGGAUGGUGGAGGAGGAUCUUAGGCCUGCUCUGGCUGAUAUUGUUUGGGUUUGGCAAGGGGAGAACGAGCAUGUGUUGCGUGGUUUGAAGGAGGGACAAGAACCAUUGUAGAGAUCAACAAAAAGUGAAGUGAAGAACUAAUUAAGAGCCUUUUUUUAAAAAAAACCUGUUUUUUAACAUAGCUUGCAUUCAUUGUAGAGAUAGCUGCUUGUUGUAAGCUUUUUACAUUUUGUGUUUUUUUUUUUGCUUACGUUUGUGAGUUUUUUAUUGAGGUUUGGUUGAUACAAUAACAAUAGUAGAGGAGCAGAGAAUGAGGUGGUAAAGUGUAUAAGCUUACACAUUGUUAUGUGUUCAUAAACUUUUUUUUCUUUUCAACGAAUGUUAAAUUUUAUUCAUAAAAAAAAAUAUUUUUACAUAAAAGUGUAGACAUUUCCAGAUGAAACUACUCCUUAUACUACUUCACUUCUUCUUUGCGUACUUUAGAGACAAAAGGAAAUGAUUUACACUCUUCUGUUUCAGUUGUGACUUUGCGAAGUACAUUAACUAACUUAGCGAAGGAUCGGUUUGGAACAUUUUUGAAUCAGACCGGUAAUGAUUCAAAAGGAACAACCACCAGAUGAACGCUUCUCUUAUGUUUGAGGGGUAGUUCCGUCUUUUUGUAUAUAAGUUUUGACGCGUUCGUUCCUUCGUAUAUUUUAUUUUAUUUAACUGAAAAAGAGAGAAAAAAUCGUGAGGAUAUGAUCGUACGGACGAACAAGUCGGAGAAGAGAAGGGAGUCGUGGCCGUUGGAUCUGGUUUUGUGGGCAUCCACGAACUCUUCUUCCCCCUAAUCAAUAAAAUUUCAUUCCUUAAAAAAAAAAAAAACGAUUUCUCAGUUCUGAUUUUCGAUCUCACGUCGAAAGUUUCGUCCUUUGGUUCGUUCUGAUCGCGAGAUCCAAAAAAAUCAUGAGGAAGAAGCUCGACACCCGUUUCCCUGCUGUAAGU